AUGCUAGCUUCCAACUUCCAAAUCAAUACCUCAGUUCCACCGCCUUUGCCCGUAGAAAACCCCGCCACCUACUCCCCAGACGAAGUUCCAUCGUGCGGAGGCCAUGGAACUUUCGAGAUCCUGACGAUCACUCGAUUUCUCGAGGAGCAUGGCAUCGAGUGCUGCAUUGUUGGGGUCUCGGCGCUGAUCUUCUACGGCGCCGGCCGUGUCCGAGAUGAAUGGGAGCUUUGCGUCCCCGACAACAAAGUCAUUGAAGCUGCGGCUCUCCUCGCCUCUGACCUUAUGACCGACAAGAUUCACCCUCUACCCCCGCAUUCGACUUCACAUCCUUACUCAUUAAGCCACACCUAUCACCGAUUCAAAGGGAGGGGCAUUCAUUUCUACUUCGUCCUUAUGCCCGCUCAUGACGCCCAUAUCCCAUUCGGUCCUUUCCAAAUACAACGCAGUCUAAAUGGCCUGCCAUACCCGACGCUACCAAUUUUAAUGCAAAGCUACCUGGACAUGAAUGAUGAUGUAUCACUUUGUGACUGCAUCGACGGGUCAAAUGUCUCCGAAGAGUGGGGACGGCGGCAUCUGGACCUGGACGGAAACAACGACCUGGAAUGGACAAAUCGUAUGAACAAAGUCGUCCAAGAAGCGGCCCGAGGCAAAGGGUGGCUCUUUGUCCAUUACUUCCCCACCCAAACGAUCAGUAAGCGAGAAAAGUGGGAGUCCCGGGUUCGGAGUAAGAAGGGCAGGCUGGGCUGGACGACCCCAGAUCACCUCUUUGACACACGCUUUCGCCUCAAAGGCUCGCCAGACCCGUGGACCCAAAAACUCAUGUCAUGUUAG